UUGUCUCUAUAGCGCCACGGUCUAUCAAGACGUGAUGAAGGCCCUAAAUCAAAUUUGAAAUCGAAAUUGAAAUCGUGUUGAAAUCAUUGAAUUGGCUAGGUUGGAAAGGAAUUGGGAUCUUGAAUGGGGUACACUGGACUCUGGAGCGCUCGAAACACCUAAGUAGUACUUAGGUGUUUGGUGAAGUGGAAAUGGUGAAGAAAUUACUGGUAAAGCCACAUCAUAAUGUCAUUCAAGAUAACGACCCUGAGGCCUUGCAAGAUGUUAUGGGAACCAGUAAUUAUGAAAUAGCUAAUUCUAACCAUUCCUAUGAUCAGUGUGUCAGAGAUGCGGCUAUCAGUGGGCGAGAAACCCGUAUAGAAGACCUGGAUGACGUUCAAAAUGUUGAGACACUGCCGGAGGACGUGUUCACUCCAGAUGUUGUCUUGACCGAGCAAGAGGUGGAGGUCGCCGCUUAUGCCACGCUGGGCGCAGACAGUCGCUCGCGCACCGUGCCUGCUGUGGUGCUGGAAGCCAACAUGUGUCCGGUGGGCUGCGGCGCAUCGAUCAAAUCCGAGAAUCAUCUCCGGGAACAUCUGGAGAAGGUGCACUCGACGCCAAUCGGAAAACAGCUCAAACUUUUCCCCAAUAUGGGAAAGUUCCUGGCGUGGAAGGAGGCCCGCGAGCGAGAGUCGUCUCGCCGUUACGUCGUGCGAGAGAAGAGACAGGGCUGGCGCCGGUUCGCCUGCUCCAGGUCGGGUCAGCCGUCGGGCACGGACCGGCCGCAGCGCUGGAAGAGGACGGGCAACUUUUGUCCGGCGUUCAUCCGCAGUUCGACGCGCCGCGACGGCUCCGUGAAGGUGCGCUUCUGGCUGUUCCACACGUGCAAACAGCCGGACAACACCCCGCUGCCCUCUGAACGGGAGCUGGCCAAAGCCAAUGAGCAGCUAGAGCUGCUGGAGCGGGCCAUUGUCGGCAUUCCAACCCGGCGGCGGGGGCGGAAACCAGCGAACGGGGACGCGAGGCUCGGCUCUGUGCACGAACCACCGGGGCAGGAGGCGGAGACGGCGGAGGCGGCAAGGGAGGAGGACGAUCCACGGACCGCUCCUGCUGCGGCCGCACCCUCCAGCGCACUACCAACCGGCCCACAGCGUCGGCCGGUGGACGAACCGCAGCGUACCGGUACCUCCCCGAGCCAACAAAAAGCCAGCGGGCUGUCCACUGCACCACGGGCCGGCGCCGGGGACGCUCCCGACCCCUCUGUAAAGCACCGUGUGCGCACCAACCUGCUGAGACUGCACUCGAAGCUAGAGCGGGCCUCGGCGGAGGAGGCGCGGCAGAUGCUGGCGGACACGGAGGAGCUACUGGAGCGGUAUACCAGGCUGAGGCAGCGCGGCACCAAAGGGAGACCGCUCGGUCGGCGGGUGCCGGCAGGCGCUGAGGAUCCACCAGACUCCAGCCGCCCCGCUCCCGGCACCGCUGCCACCGGUACACGCGGUGCCCGGACCGGACGAGGUCGAGGGAGAGGUCGAGGUCGAGGUCGAGUCACGGUGGCCCGGAGAGCCGGUCAGUGGGUCGGUGACGGGGACGGGACGUUGGGCCUGGUCGAACACGGGGAGAGUGGUGGGAGUAGCGGGUUGGAGGGAGCAGAGGGCUUGGAGGGUAGAGUGGAAGGAACAGAGGGAGAAGCGGCUGUGACAGAGGAAGGGCAGAUGGAUACCGGAGGAGAAGUGGUUGGGAUGGAAGAGGAACUAGUGGGGACCGAGGAACUGACGGACCAAGAGCCGAUGGAAGGAGAGAUAAUCCAACUGGACGAGGAAGACGUGCUCAGGUUUAGGUUAGGUGAUGACGGUGUUCUGAGGAUUGGCGAGGACGGCGUACUGAGUUUAGGAGAGGACAGUAUUCUAAGGAUAGAUGACGAUGGUGUGCUGAGGAUAGGUAGUAAGGACGGCACCCUCUCAGGAGAAGCGCUCCAGUUGGGCGCGCAGGAGGUGCUUCAGGUGGACUACUCUGACAACUAGCCCCUCAGGAGAGUCGAAUCCAGCGACCGGUAAUAGUGCCACUAACGACUGUGUGUGUGCUUUGUUCUGUGUACGCGGGCUAACUGAAUCAGGAGCACCGCUGUUGAUCCGCGCUACAUUCAGCAGGAUGUAUUUGGCCUUAGUGACAGCGGCGGCGUAGUAUUCGGUGGUCAGUGGUCAGUGGAAGGCGAACUUUUUGUGACGUUGUUUUCUUAUCUACCCAGGCGUAUUUUUGUAAAUGUUGUUCCUAGCAUCAUGGAUUGUUAGUGCCAGGUUUUUGUUUGCAGGUAUUAUUUAUUUUCGACGACCAUUAUUGUCACACAAUCAUUCAACUUUGUUAUAUAACCGAUCAACGUAUCAGGAACUCACAGUCUGCAAACGUUAACCGCAAUACACAUGAACUGUGA